AUGAGAAUAGUAAAAGGAGUUAACAGACUGUCGGCGUGUGGAUUGAAAUUGAUCAUCACACCUCCCCCUCUUAGUCAACAGGUGGAGGUUGAUGAAAGAAUCAAAGGAUUGACUUACGUCUGUUCCCCUAAAACUUAUGCCCAGAAAAGCACGUUUCAGACAAAUCUGAACCACUUACUUUCUUCCCUUUCCUCCAACAGCAAUCAAAGUGAUGGAUUUUACAACACCACCGUCGCCGGGCAAGGAAACAACUCCAACGACACCGUCUACGGCAUGUUCCAGUGCUACGGCGAUGCGACCGUCCAGGCCUGUCAAAAAUGUGUUUCCAACGCAAGCAAAGACAUCCUUCAGAGAUGCCCCAAUAAUACAGGAGCCGUCGGGUGGUACGACAAGUGCUGGUUACAUUACUCCGACCAGUAUUUGUUCUCCAAAACGGACGAAUACCCCAGGUUAGUUUAUUAUAACGUCAACAAUGCAACAGACACGACCGGCUUUAUGAAGCUGGUGGGUGAAACCUUGAGCGGGGUUGCGAAAAAGGCAUCGGAAGGCGGAAGCAAGAAAUUUGCGACAAAAACAGUAGACUAUGAUGCCUUUCAAACUCUGUAUACUAUGGCGCAGUGCACAUCGGAUCUAUCUGAGAUUGAUUGUCGCACGUGUCUCAGCAACAGUAUUAGCAAUUUGCCUAUUUGCUGUAAUGGAAGAGUGGGCGGAGUAACCGUCACGCCCAGUUGCUUUUUAAGGUAUGAAACGUACCCCUUUUACCAGGAAACGGCCCCGCCACCUGCGCUUCCGCCACCAGCUCCUUGGCCGGAAUCCACUUCCAAAGUUGAUAUUUCAAGCGUAGAAUCCCUGAAAUUUGAUUUGGAUACCAUCAGAACAGCCACAAAUGACUUCUCUCCUGACAAUAAACUUGGUCAAGGAGGAUUUGGUGAGGUUUACAAGGGUGUUCUACCUGGUGGACAAGAGUUAGCCAUAAAAAGACUAUCAAGCGGUUCAAAACAAGGUGUGGGAGAAUUUAAGAAUGAAGUUGUUACGAUGGCAAAACUUCAACAUAGAAAUCUCGUAAGAUUACUUGGAUUUUGUUUGGAUGAAGAAGAAAAGAUACUCAUAUACGAAUUUUUGCCCAACAGGAGCUUGGAUAAUUUUUUGUUCGGACUUGAAAACCAAGGUAAAUUGAAUUGGUCAACGCGUUAUAAGAUCAUUGAAGGCAUUACAAGAGGGAUGCUUUAUCUUCAUGAAGAUUCUCGACUAAAAAUCAUACAUCGUGAUCUCAAAGCUAGUAAUAUAUUGUUAGAUGAAGAUUUGAAUCCAAAAAUCUCUGAUUUUGGUAUGGCUAAAAUUUUUGGAGUUGAUCAAACGCAAGCAAGCACAAGUAGAGUUGUCGGCACCUUUGGAUACAUGGCUCCAGAGUAUGCAAUGCAUGGUCAUAUUUCAAUCAAAUCUGAUAUAUAUAGUUUUGGUGUCCUAAUUUUGGAGAUUAUUAGCGGCAAGAAGAAUACAUCUUUCUAUAUUUCAAGCUAUGCUGAAGACCUACUAAGCUAUGCCUGGAGGCUGUGGAGGGAAGGGAGGCCAUUGGAAUUGCUGGAUCCUAGUUUAAGAGAUUCUUGUUCAAGAAAUGAAGUUACUAAAUGCAUCCAUAUAAGCUUGUUAUGUAUUCAGGAAAACCCAGCUCUGAGACCCACUAUACAGUCUAUUAUGGUGAUGCUAAGCAGUCACUCCGUCACAUUGUCGCAUCCUCGGAAACCAGCCUUUUUUGUUGGUCGCCAUAGAACAGAUUCAAACAAUCCAACCAUUUAUGAAAAUAGUUCAGAUCAAGCUACCAGCAACUCUGCGCAGUGGUCUGUGGAUAAAGAUCCGAUUAGUGAUUUGUACCCUCGUUAG